UAAUCAAUACUUUAAUUCAAAAAAUAAUCGAUUAUACUAGUAUUCUAUAUUUCUAUUGUAACAAAGCCGCCUUUUGAUAAAUGGUUAUGAAGUAUUUUGCGGCAAAGAUACUUAGUCUUGGUAGUCUGGUUCUCCUUGCGAUGGCUUAUACAAUUCAGAUGGGCUCGGAUGUGUCUGAAACGGUCAAAAAGGUAAAAUAUGAUCUCAAUGGAGUACUACAUGUUGAUGCUGAAGGCGUUUUACGAUCCUAUGAUCAAGAGGGCAAUGUUAUUGACUAUAGAAGACUGGAUUCUAAUACCUUGAAUAACAUUGCUCAAUUAUACGCGGAAGAGAACAGCAAUAAACUGAUUGAUCUUUGGAGCAAUGUUGAUAGUUCUUUAAUUGAUGAAGAGCAGGUGUGGGCUCCACCGAGUCAUCUCAUGCCGCCUUCUGUGUCAGAGGCAGAUGCUGCUGAACAACUUCAAUCAGCAAAUCCCAAAGUUUUUCCACGCUGGUGGAAUUACUGUAAUCAGUACCGCUGUACUGAAAACUGGGAAUGUCCUCGUCAAGAUCCUAUUUGUAUUCGCUGUGUCCGUAGUGGAAACUUCACUGCUGGGAUGUGUUUUGAUGUAUAAUAGUUCUUAUUAUUGCAAUUGU